CACUUACCGGAUGGACCCGUCGCUGUUUCACGUCAAAACAGUCCAGCUGUUGGCGCCCAGACGGGGCUGAAGCCGAGUAAACAGCGUUGGCGGCAUGGCGGCGGAAGCGCAGCGCGUUUAAGACAAGCCGAAGCACAUGUAAACACGUCGCAGCAGCGGAACACGUUGGUGUCGCAGCGCGGUCGGCGUUCAACAUGGGCAAUGAAAUGAAUAAGGUUGCCGAUGGACUCUACCUUGGGAAUAUUAGAGAUGCAGAAAACAGAGAAAGUCUGUCGAAGAAUGGCAUCACCCACAUCCUGUCCGUGUACAACAAUGCCAGACCUAAGUUUGAGGACAUCACGUACCUUUGUAUUCAGGCGUCCGAUGCUUCGAAUCAGGAUCUAUUGCAGCAUUUUAAGGAGUGCAUCACCUUCAUUCACGACUGUCGCCUGAAUGGAGGCUCCUGUCUUGUUCACUGCCUUGCCGGCGUGUCCCGCAGCACUACCAUGGUGGUGGCCUACCUGAUGACCGUCACCCACUACAGCUGGGAGGACUGUCUCUCUGCGGUCAAGGCUGUUCGCUCCUUCGUUGGGCCCAACUACGGCUUCCUGGAGCAGCUGCAGGAGUAUCAGACGGGACAAGUGUCGGAGUAUCGAGCGUGGUUACAGUCCAACUUCAGCCCCAAUCCGUUCAAGGACGAGGAGCAGGUGGGCACCCUGCUGAGCCAGUACAAGGAGCAGCAGGAGAGCCAGAGGCGAGGAGUCGACCAUCGCUGGAUAAAUCAGAGGAUGGGUGUCGCCGCUCUGCCACCGGAUUCUGAUGAAUCUGAGGGAAACAGCUGAAACGUCAGCCUCUGCUUGUGCCAAAGACCGUGUGGAAACGUCACUAUCUAGUAAUUGUGUAGUCAGUUCCAAAUUAGCCCUGAGCUAUAUGCAACUCCACAGCCUUUGUAGAACUCUAGAAUCCGAAAUUAAGGCGGUUUCUAGUUUUGAUACUUUAUCUUAAUCCAGUUUAGGUAAAAACAGAAUUGGUUUAGAAACUGGGCUACAGGCGCUCCAGUACUUUCCAUGUUACCUUAAGCCAUUUGAGGGUACUGGUGCUCACAGACGCCUUACUCUGAACACCACCGCACCUCAGUCAUGCUGAACAAACUGUGGACUCCACACCUGCAGUGAUCAGCCCAGGAGCCUUAGAGACAUAACUAAGCAAUUCUGUCUUAAAGGGACAUUUUGCCUCUAAUUAAGUGUGAUCCCAGUUAAUUACUGUUAGUACUUUAAGCUAUCUACAGUAUGAUGUGGUGUGAACCCAAUUCUACAAUGGAAACUCUGCACUAACAGGCCCAGUCUAUCAGAAACCUUCAUAAUGUCAAGUGUUGUUUUCUUUGUGAAAACAUCACCUGUAGCAUCAAUAGCCUCUAAGUAGCCUUUAAGUCUAAAGCAAGAAAUUAGCACAAAAAGUAAAAUGACUCAAGGUUCAACAGAACGUCCAAGUCUUCCUGCUUUUAUCAAAGUUCUGAUUUUUUUUUUUUUUGACAAAGAUCAUUUUUGGGGUAACUCCGGUAUACAUGUAAAUACAGGUAAAAAUGAAUUACAGCUUUAUGUUGCUGUUGUUGUUUCUUUUGUGUUUUUUUAAAGAUUGAUGGAAAAAUGUCCGUGUUAAUAAAUUACUUCAUUAUUGAAACUGUCA